UACACUCUUAACGUUGUCUACGACGAGAGCAACUUCUUUUCCAGCUUCGACUUCUUCAGCGAAGCCGAUCCUACACAUGGCUUCGUCCAGUAUGUUGACGCCCAGACCGCCAAUUCCUUGGGACUCGCGGGAAUCUCUUCGGGAGGCAUCUUCAUAGGCACCGACUCAACGACCCAAAAUCCGUCCGGCGGCCGCAAGUCGGUUCGCGUAACUUCGCAACAGCAGUUCACUCACGGCCUCUUCAUCGCCGACAUUGCCCAUAUGCCGGGCAGCAUCUGUGGAGUCUGGCCUGCCUUUUGGAUGGUUGGCCCAGAUUGGCCAAAUUCGGGCGAAAUCGACAUUAUCGAGGGCUACAGUACUCAGACGACCAACGCCAUCACGCUCCACACAGCACCCGGCCUCAACAUCAACAACAAGGGGUCUAACCCGUCUACCAGCCUGCUGGGGAGCGACUGCGGCCCUAAUAGCUCAAACACCGGUUGUGGCCAGAAGACCACGGACAACCAGAAUUACGGCGAUGGAUUCAACGCCAUUGGCGGAGGCGUCUAUGCCACCGAGUGGACGUCCAGCCACAUUGCCGUCUGGUUCUUCCCCCGGACCAACAUCCCCGCCGACAUCAACUCUGGCAACCCAAACCCCAGCAGCUGGGGCACUCCCCUGGCCAAGUUCGCCGGGAGCAACAUUGGUGGUUUCUUCAAGAACAACCAGAUUGUCUUCAACACUGCGUUGUGCGGCGACUUGGCUGGCGGUGUUUGGCCGUCUGACCCUGAGUGCUCCGCCUUGGCUCCUACGUGCGAAGAGUAUGUUGCCAAUAAUCCGUCGGCCUUUGUGGAGGCUUUCUGGAUUGUAAACUCUGUCAGCGUGUACAACCAG